GGUUUGGAGGCAGUGGCUCCCAGGUGGACUCCGCUCGUAUGAACUUGGCCUCUUCCUUUGUGAAUGGCUUUGUCAACGCAGCCUUCGGACAGGACAAGCUGCUCACAGACGACGGCAACAAAUGGUUGUACAAGAACAAGGACCACGGUAUGUUGAGCGCUGCAGCCUCCCUGGGUAUGAUCCUGCUGUGGGAUGUGGAUGGUGGUCUGACUCAGAUUGACAAAUAUCUCUAUUCCUCUGAGGACUACAUCAAGUCUGGUGCCCUCCUCGCCUGUGGCAUUGUCAACUCAGGCGUGAGGAACGAAUGUGACCCGGCCCUCGCCCUGCUGUCUGACUAUGUCCUCCACAACAGCAAUGUCAUGAGGAUAGGAGCCAUCUUUGGACUGGGCCUGGCCUACGCUGGCUCCAACAGAGAAGACGUCCUUUCUCUGCUUCUUCCUGUCAUGGGAGACUCCAAAUCCAGCAUGGAGGUUGUUGGGGUGACGGCGCUGGCAUGUGGUAUGAUCGCAGUUGGGUCUUGUAACGGUGAUGUAACUUCCACCAUCGUCCAGACCAUCAUGGAGAAGAGCGAACAGGAGCUGAAAGACACAUACGCCCGCUGGUUGCCUUUAGGCCUGGGACUCAACCACCUGGGUAAAGGAGAGGCGAUUGAGACGACCCUCGCAGCUCUCCAGGUUGUACCUGAACCUUUCCGCAGCUUUGCCAACACACUAGUGGAUAUCUGUGCAUAUGCAGGUUCUGGAAAUGUGCUGAAGGUGCAGCAGCUUCUCCACAUCUGCAGCGAGCACUAUGAAGCCAAGGAGAAGGAAAAAGAGGAGGACAAGGACAAGAAGGAUAAGAAGGACAAAGACAAGAAGGAGACUGCUGCUGACAUGGGCUCCCACCAGGGCGUAGCUGUUCUUGGUAUUGCCCUCAUUGCCAUGGGAGAGGAGAUCGGUUCUGAAAUGGCACUGCGAACAUUUGGACAUCUGGUCAGUAGCACUAUUCGCUGUCAGUUUUUUUAUUCUUUUUUUUCCUUUUAUCUUACUGAAUACCUUAUUGUUGCCAUGUCUCGCCACCUCUCAUGUCUUAUUCUUUUGAUCUUUCU